CAUAAACGAGACGUGCACGAUACGUGCACGAGACGAGUGUCGUGCGACGCUCGUUUUUAAUUAAUAGCACAGGUUUAAAUACAUUCAGCCUCACAUGAACGUAACGAACACGAGACGACUACGAGAUUCGGUUAACGACAACGAGCCGACGAGUUUUGUUUAAUUUUUCUCGUGCCGGUGCCGCUGCGCGUAUAGGUCCAGUAUGUGUUUUUAGUGCAAUUAGGUAGUAGGUACAUAAUUUCAGCGUCAUUUGAAUAUUUACCUUUCCUAAAAUGGAUGUUGAGAAACUUAUUGAAGAAGUGCGACGUUAUCCCGUACUCUAUGAUCUCAGUAAUAACAAAUACAAAAAUAAUGAGUAUAGAGAAAGGGUUUGGAAAAAAAUUGCAGAAGAUCUACAGGUAGAAGGGGGGCCAAUAACAUGCAAAACAAAAUGGAUCCAUAUACGUGAUCAGUUUCGCAGAAUUUUAAAGAAAAGGAAAACUACAACAGGUAUGGCUGCUGGCCCCGUAAGAAAAUACAAAUAUGAAGAUAUUUUACAAUUCAUAUUGCCCCAAAUGUCUGAAAGAGAAACUUUAUCAAAUGUAUCCCAGUUACAAGAUGAAGAUGCGGAAGGUGAUGAAGAUGAUAUAGAAGAGACCCAAGAGAGUGAUACACUCCUUGCAGAAAAUGACGAGUUGGAGAAGACAAUAGAAAAUGCUGAAAGAAACGCAAGCAAUGAUUCAUUCAUUCCCGAAGCCCAUACACAAAAAGAAAAAGAUUUCUGCUAACACAAUCGAUAAACGUCAAGAUCAAAGUGCUUCAUCUCAGCUGAUGUCAUAUAUUUUGGAAGAAAAGAGAAAUG